AUGUCAAGUGUACAACCACAACAACAACAAGAGAUCAUAACUCAAGAUGGAGGAGUAAAGAAGCUAUUGAUUAGAGCUGGGCUCGAGUCUGAACCACAACCAGUCGAUGGCAAUGAGGUAGUCAUUCAUUACAAUGCAAAGAGAAUCGAUGGAUUGAUGUUUGAAGACACGAGAGCAUUGAAUGGACAUGCUUUUAAGUUCAUUGUUGGUCGUUGUACUGUGCCUGGACUCAACUUGGCUGUAAGGUCAAUGAGGUUGAACGAGUUGGCAACAUUUACAAUGCGAUCAAAGUACUGCUUUGGAUCACUUGGUUAUGGCACUGUCGUCCCUCCCAACUGCUCAUGUAUAUACGAAUUGGAAUUGAUCUCUGUGCGUACAUUGCUAGACAUCUCACACGAUCAAUCAUCAUCAUCAUCAUCAACAUCAACAACAACAUCAUUGUUAAAGGCUAUUACCAAACAUAGUACAAGCGAUGAUCGUCCAACUUAUGAGUCAAGAGUUGUUGUAUCAUACAAGUCAAAGUUGUUGGAUGAUGUUGCGAAUAACAACAUAUCAAGAGAACGUUAUGAAUACGUCAUUGGCGAAGACAGAACAGUACCAUUGGUAUUGGAUACGAUUGUACAGAGCAUGGGUCGCGAUGAGCAAUGCACAGUUUACAUCACAUCAGGCGACAGCAAAGCACUGCCCUCUGAGCUCGAGGUUACUCUGCACUCAUUCAAACGCCCGCCUCAGGUCAACUUGUCGAGCUACCCUGUGGACGAGUUGUUAAAGAUGGCAAUGGCAAGAAAGGAUAUGGCUGCCGAGCUAUUCAAGGCCAAACACUUUGAGUUGGCCAUUCGCAAGUAUCAACGUGCCAUCGAUAUCCUGGUGCAGGGAAUGAAGGAUCGCAAACAUGACGCAGCCAUGGACGAACAGUGUCGCGCGAUGCGCAUUCAAUGCACGGUCAAUCAGGCAGUGUGCCAUCUACAACUAUUACAAUGGAGUCAAACAAUCAGCAAGAGCACAGAUGCACUGAGACAGCAGUCUGGCAACAUCAAGGCUCUGUUCCUUCGCGGCAAAGCACAUCUAGCCAUGCACGAGCAUGUCCAGGCCAAGCGAGACUUUGAGUCAAUACUUCAGCGCGAUCCAAACAACACCGAAGCCAAACAACAACUGGCCAGCAUCGGUGGCAAAACAGCAACAACAACAAGGUAG